AUGAGGCGAUCCGGAUUGGAGGCCCGAGCUGGAUUAUCCGAUCGAGAGAGAGGUGGUCGGGAUCAAGUGUGGUGGGCCCUUUUAAGCGGCUCUCAUGAAAACCCUCCACAUUCCACGCUGGCCUCACCGCCCUUCAACCUUGUAUUGGAAAUGUUGAUCAGAGUCUGCCAUAUUGUUACGCAGUCCUCCUUCUAUAGGUUUUAUCAGAGCCUCCUUCUUGCCCGUAGGAUCCAUCUGCUAUCUCCUGGUUCAAGUAUUUCACUCGACCCCUGCCACCUCAUCUCUGCUACUCGAGCCGUUAUUUCCCACAUUCUGCGUCUGCUAGACUAA